AUGCAAAUGGAUUUUUGGACGGCUCCUGUUCGAUCGUACAAUGGAAACCAAUACGUUCUAAUCAUCACUGAUCGAUUAUCCAAAUAUGUAUUUGCGCGCACCUUGCCAUCCGCGACUGCCAAGGAUGCCGCCGAAAUGAUAUUCGAAGACAUUAUACUGAAACAUGGAGCUAUUCGGUGUCUCCAAUCCGAUCAAGGUUCGCACUUCAAGAACGAAUUGUUAGCCGCCAUCACAAAAUUAACCGGUUGUAAACAAGUCUUCUCAAUCCCAUAUCAUCCGAUGUCUAAUGGGCAAGUUGAGCGAUUUAACUCAACAUUUUGUGAUCAACUUAAAAAAUAUUGCAACGAUAAUAUCCAUGAUUGGGAUGUCUAUUUACAAUCCAUCGUAUGGGCAUACAAUUCUGGUAUUCAUGCUACAACUAAUUUCAUUCCAUACGAAUUGGCAUUUAACCGACACCUGAUUUCUCCAUUUGAACCGCCUUCAUCAGCCAUAUCAAUGCUUAAACCAAAUGACUAUUGGGAAAUAGCAAAUCGAUUCAAGAAAUUGGCUAUUCGUGCAGCACGACUGAACAUUCAACAACAUCAAUCGCUGAGUAAACAACGUUAUGACAAUGGACGCACCAAUCGGACGUACCAUCAAGGAGAAUUAGUUUGGGUCCGAGUAUUGUCCGGUCGAUCAAAAUUUGACUCUCGAUUUCAUGGGCCGUUUAUAAUUAUCGAAAGGAUAAACGAUGUCAAAUACAUUAUUGAACACGCCGAAAUGCAUUAUCAACAAGAAGAACAUGUGAACAAUUUCAUUCCAUCCUAUGAUCGGAAGUGA